CGGGUUUGACUGGUUUCCUCCAGAAGGACCUCACGCCAGCCCGGGUCUUCAUUUCGGUGGUCUUACGAUCUGCAGCGUUAUGGAUGAAUACUGUUUUUGAGGGGGGGGACAGAACUCCAUCGUGAAGUCUUAACUGGGAAGAUACACUUUUUAACUACUACCUGUAAUCUUUUUUUUCUUUUUUUCUUCCCCCCUCUAAAAGGUAGUCUCGUCGGAGAGCGCAGAAUGUGGACAAAAACAAGCAAUGCGUUAAGCGGCUGAAGUGGGAGUGAGGGGAGAGUGAAGUGUGAGGCUGAGGAUGUGGCGGGGACACCACGGGGCAACUGGGCUGAGAGUGUCCUGAGAGUGUCCUGAGAGUGUCCUGAGCGGAGGUCUGAGGAGGGCAACGAGAGGAGAGAGCUCGUGCUGCGCUGGACCAGCGUUCAGCGCACCGCAUGCGUCCGUAGAUCGGCGCAUUAACUCCCAUCACAUUUGGCUCAAAAUCAAACUAUAUAUGAAAAAUCAGUGUGAGAAUCAAUCUUAAUUUGGGACGCAGUUUCUAAAGAGCCCCCCCAAAAAAAAAAAAAUCCAAUUUCCAUCACUUUUUCCCCCAAAAAUUAUUCGACUGUCCCACCUCCGAUCCUUUUCCCCUUCAUUUUUUUUUGCAACUCUGAUUCCCGAAGUGGCUCCGAAGUGGUGUUGCGGCUCCUCGUCCCCGGCGGAUCCGGAGAUCGGAGUCUCUGCACCGGGAGGAGGCGGAGUCGGAGCUCCGGCGACACCGCAGGCUCCCAAGAGCGGCCGCGUCAAAAGGAUGGUGCGACUGGCGGCGGAACUGCUGCUGCUCCUCGGACUCCUUCUCCUGACCUUGCACAUCACGGUACUGCGGAGCAGCCCGCUGCCCCAGGGAAAUGAAACUCUGAGCCUGGAUCAGGACACGGCACUUACAGAGAACAAUAUAAAUGCAAAAAGCAGCUCUGUCCAACUGGCUUCUGAAGACCGGAGGUCAGGUCCAGAGCACCGGUUGGCCCAGCGGCCUGCCACCCUCCCCUGGGCACAAGGCAGCAACGUCCACAGGGACGGCCCUGGAGCGUUCCUACUAGAUCUGCACAACUUCCCCGACCUCUCUAAAGCCGACAUCAAUGGACAGAAUCCCAACAUACAGGUGACUAUUGAGGUGGUGGAUGGACUGGAGGGCCAUGAGCCAGAGAAAGGCCUCCGCAAGGAGAGCAAACCCAACUGGGCCUCUCCCAACUGGAGAAACUGGUGGCCUCGAUCGUCUUCACCUUCCUCCUCCUCCACCACUCAUCAGACGGAGGAGAAAGAACGCAACUAUGGGAGCAACAGCGAGGACAGCAACUUCCUCAGGCCGCCGGCAGACUGGGACAGGAGAGGAGGCACUGGGGGAGGAAGCAAGGCUCAAUCUGAAUAUGACUAUAUGGACGGAGAAGGGGACUGGAGUAACUGGACAGCGUGCAGCGUCACCUGUGGAAAUGGCAACCAGAAGAGAACCAGGUCGUGCGGUUACGCCUGUACAGCCACCGAGUCCAGAACUUGCGAUAUGCCCAACUGCCCAGGUAUUGAAGAUGCCUUCAAGACGGCAGCUACCGAAGUGAGCCUGUUAGCUGGAACAGAUGAGUUCAAUGCCACGGAGCUCUUUGGUGUCGACACAGACAGCUGCGAGCGAUGGAUGAACUGCAAGAGCGACUUCUUGAAAAAGUACAUGACCAAGGUGGCGAACGACCUUCCCAGCUGCCCUUGCUCUUACCCGACCGAGGUGGCGUACAGCACGGCAGACGUACACGACGCUCUCACGCGCAGGGAUUUCCGCUGGAAGGACGCCAGCGGGCCAAAAGAGAAGCUGGAGAUCUACAAGCCCACAGCCCGUUACUGCAUCCGCUCCAUGCUGACACUGGAGUCCACCACGCUGGCGGCGCAGCACUGCUGCUACGACGACAACAUGAAGCUCAUCACUCGAGGCAAAGGGGCCGGCACGCCCAACCUCAUCAGCACGGAGUUCUCAGCCGACCUGCACUAUAAGGUGGACAUCCUGCCCUGGAUCAUCUGCAAAGGAGACUGGAGCCGCUACAACCAGGCAAGGCCGCCAAACAACGGGCUGACGUGUCCCGACAACCCUCAGGACGAGGACUACUACAAACAGUUUGAGGAAGCAAGGGAAUUCUAGACGGCUGUAGCGUGAAAGGAAGAAAAAAUAUUCAGCUAAACCUCAAAAAUGGUGCUGAAACCAUUUUUUAAAUUCUGUUUUAGAUCAAGUAACACAAGAACUUUUAGGCUCUGAAGAACAAGACUUACUGCUCUUUUGAAGCAAGAGGAGUAGAAAUCCAACAGAGUCAGGACAUUUACUUGCUCGCAAGAAACUUUUCUUGACUUCACCAAAACAAGGCAAACAACUUUGCUGGGUUUUUUUAUAAACAUUUUUUUUUUUAUAAAAUAUGCCUCUGUAAAAAAUUAUAAAAAUUUGGCCAGUAAUUGCGUCACCAUUUAUAACUUGUUCAGAUCUUGUCACUAAAGGGAGAACUGAGUUAGUAUUCUUAAAAAGGGAAAUUUGUUAUUCCAGGAAUGUUCGUUUAGAUUGUGUCCUUGUUCGUCUCCAUAGAUUGUUUAUGUUUUGGUGAAUCUGAGAGGCCUGUGGUAAUAGAAUAAUGAGAUCCUUCAGGAAUGUGUUGGGACGGAGAACAGGGUUAUCUAAUUUUCUCCCGUUUCGUGAUUCACAAUAUCCAGGUUCUCUUGUAAGCUUGUGACUUUAUUUAGCAUGCACAUAUUUUUUUGUUGUACCAUAAAUUUACAGCCGUGUCCCUUGUGUCUCUGUGGCAGAUCUUUAUCAUCAAAAAAAGCCUGCAUUAUUUUUGUAAAGUAUUUAUUAAGUUGUAGCUGUGUCUGAGUCGGGUGGCUAUGACUGUGGUUUCUGAUUCACAUGUGGCUGAAUGCUAACUUGAGAUUCCUCUCUAGCUCAAACUUUGGCAUCAAUGUGCAUAAUCGUGUCUCAAGUUAGGAUUAAACCGUAAUGGAGUGUAAAGAAUGUGUGAAUUCAACUGUAUGGAAAGAUUUUUUGAGAUAUAAAUCUAUAAAUAAAUUUAAAA